AUGUCACUCCGUCAUCAACCGCUUCCCGCACGUGUCGCCGGAAAGCAGGGUGCGUCCUCUCGCGGUUUCUCUCCGGGAGCUUUUUCCAAGUCCGCGCUUUCGCGAGAUCCGGCGCCGGGUAGUGUCCGUCCCUCUUCCGCGGUUCUCUUUCGUCGCUCCUCAUGUCCUGUGUCCGUCUCUUGAGCCGUCGAGCGUAGUCUAGUUUCCGACUGCUGAUCCCUCUACGAAACGAAAGUAUGAGUGAAAAAUUUGAAGUCGUCAUCUCCGGUAUAGGUGGACAUUUCCCGGAAUGUAAUAAUGUAGACGAGUUGACAGAAUUUUUAUUCAACAAAAAGAAUGGAAUCACAGUUGAUUCGCGACGAUGGACACCUGGUGAAUUAAAUGCGCCAGCAGCAAUUGGCAAACUGAAAUACAUUGAUCGAUUUGACUCGUUAUUCUUUGGAAUCCAUCGUAAAUUAUGUGAGAGUCUCGAUUCUUUAACCAGACAUAGUUUGGAGCGUGCAAUUGAAGCCAUUAUUGAUGCUGGAAUAUGUCCUUCAGACUUACAUGGAUCCAAUACCGCCGUCUUAAUGGCUUCAACUGUCAGUGAAUCAGAAUUUUUCUCCAUUUUUGAUUCUAAAGAUACUGGUUUUGGCAUUCUGGGACACAAUCGUGCUAUGCAAGCCAACAGGGUUUCAUACUCUCUAAAUUUAUAUGGACCUAGUUAUACCAUGGAUUCCACAUGGACGGGCGGUACUCAGGGUCUCUCCUUGGCAAAAACGCUGAUUGAAAAUGGACACGUCAACGCAGCAAUCGUAGGCAUCGCCAAUCUGAUUUUGCAUCCGACCAUCUCUCUACAGUUCCAGAGUAUGGGCAAGCUGACGACCGGGGAAAGAACGAAGUCGUUCUGUGCAGACGCCGAUGGAUACAAUAGAGCAGAAGGCUGUGUGGUGCUCUUCCUACAAAGAGCUUGCGAAGCGCGGAGAUCAUACGGCACUGUCAUCUCUGUGAACAAUCAGUGUUUCGGAGAUCGUGAUAGUAUGUAUGUUGAAGACUCAGGCCCUCAUUUGAAGGAAUUAUUAACACAGUCGUACAAGAAGAGUGGAAUAGACCCAAAAACUGUUGGAUUUGUCGAAGCAGAAGGAUCAGCAUGUAAGAGGAUUGAUGCGAUGGAGCUAAAUGCAAUGGCAGAUGUAUUCUGCCCUGAUGACAGGAAAGAUCCUCUACUAGUCGGCUCGAUUAAAAGCAACAUUGGACAUACCGAAGCUGCGUCUUCUUUAGUCUCACUGACAAAAGCGAUCAUUGCCCUUGACACUGGUUUCAUUCCUCCUAACAUCAACUAUGACAAUCCAAACAAUGAUGUUCCUGCCAUUUCAAACUAUAAAAUUAAGGUUGUAAGUGAAAAAACUCCCCUAACAAGUGAUCUUGUGGGUGUUACUUCAUUUGGUCUCUGCUGUAAUUAUAGUCAUUCGAUUCUAAGACGAAACCCAAAAGCCAAGAAACCCAAACUCCUUCCUCAUGAGAUGUUCCCUGAUGAGCUGCCUCGUCUCCUCCUCCUGUGCGGGCGCCACGAGGAAGGCGUUCGUGAAAUGUUGAAAGUUGUCGAGAGCCAUGGAUCAGAUGAGGAGUAUGCUGCUCUGAUUCACCAUGCUUUCCGGAAAAACAUCCUCAAUUAUAAUUACCGAACGUUCACCAUGAUGCCGAACUUGAAAGAAGAAAAGGAAAAAGAACAUGAGAUUGCGCAAUUACCCGGAGGGAAUAAGCGGCCAUUGUGGUUUGUCUUCUCUGGAAUGGGCUCGCAAUGGCAUGGAAUGGGAACUCAGUUGAUGAAGAUUCCCCUAUUUGCGCAAACGAUAGAGAAGCUGCAAAGAAUACUGGAGCCACGAGGCGUAGACCUGAAGCACAUUUUAACAAGCACUGACAGAAAGUUGUUCGAUAACAUAUUGAAUUCCUUCGUUGGAAUUGCUGCCAUACAGAUUGGUCUAGUCGAUAUUUUGAAUGCUUUGCAAAUUUUUCCAGACGGUAUCGUUGGCCACUCGGUCGGAGAGUUGGGCUGUGCCUACGCUGACGGUUGUUUUACAGCCGAAGAGAUGAUCUUGUCUGCUUACGCCAGAGGUAGAGCCUCCAUCGAGACGGAGCUGAUCCACGGAAAAAUGGCUGCCAUUGGAAUGGGUUAUCAAGAAAUAAAAGAUGAGCUUCCUCCUUCAAUUGAAGUCGCUUGUCAUAAUGCAGCUGAUAGUUGCACAUUAUCUGGUCCCUCUGACGAUGUUGAAGAAUAUGUAGCAGUCUUGAAGGAGCGGGGAGUCUUUGCCAGAGCCGUUAAUGUCUCGGACAUUGCAUAUCACAGUAGAUAUAUUUCUCCUGCUGCUCCCAAACUUCUGAAAUAUCUGAAGGAGGUAAUUUUGGAGCCGAAACCAAGAUCCAAAAGGUGGAUCAGCAGUUCUAUCCCGGAGACAGAGUGGGGAUCACCAUUAGCAGCAACUAGCUCACCAGAGUAUCACACAAAUAACCUUCUUAGUGCUGUUCUUUUUGAAGAAGCAAGCAAACACAUUCCCAAGAAUGCAAUUGUAAUCGAAAUCGCUCCUCAUGGAUUGCUACAGGCAAUUUUAAGAAGAUCCUUGGACUCGGAGUGCACUAACAUACCUCUAACUCAAAGGAACAACAAGAAAGCUUUGUACUUCCUCAUGACUGCAAUCGGAAAGAUGUACUUAGCUGGACUUGAGCCUCAAAUUGAGAAUUUGUACCCUCCAGUCCAGUUCCCUGUUUCAAGAGGUACUCCGUCUCUCAGCACGCUGGUAACUUGGGAUCACCAUGAACAGUGGUCCCUUGGCAACAUGAUGACAGUGAUUGGGAUAAUUCCAGGAGAACGCUUCAUCAAUAUUAAUCUAAAUGAUGAUCAGCUUUUCCUUUGUUUCAAACUUCGGGAUCGUUAUGUUUUACCCUCAGCUGCUCUUCUGUUCUAUGUUUGGGAAACGCAGAAAUUGAUCAACAGCAAUCAGCUUGACCAUCCAAUCAUGUUUGAAAAUCUGCAGUUCUUUAAGAACGUUGAAAUUCCUAACAAAUCUGUGCUCCAUUUAUUUUUGCUUUACCAGCGAGGAAGUGGUGACUUUGAGUACUACUGGAAUGACGAGCUCAUUUGCAAAGGCAAACUUAGUUUAUGGGAGGGAAAGACUGACUCUCUGAGCGUUGAAACAGAUAUAUUAACAGCCAGUGAAGUCCAACCGAACAUCAGUAUAUCCUCCGACGAAAUCUACCAGCUUCUAGAAGGAAGUGGCUACCACAUCGAUAAGAAGUGGCAAACCAUCAUCAGGCAAUCGUUUUAUGAUGACGAAUGGCACGGAGUCGUAACAUGGAAGGAUAACUGGAUUGUCUUCUUAGAUUCUCUUCUGAAAUUGUCGAUUUUAAAAGAAAUUGAAAGCGGUGGCAAAAUGGUUAAACUAACUGAAAUUCAACAGCUGAUCAUCAACCCAACAGUGUUCAAUAAACCUUUAAAAGAUUUCAACACAGUUUAUCAUUUAAUCAGCAACACUCUAAAAUGUGAAGGAAUCUUUAUCAAUGGAGCUAAAGCAACUUCUCUGGAUAUCGCACCGUAUCCUUCAAUACUCAAGCUUGAAUCUCAACAGUUCAUGCCAGCAGAUAAUUUGAACCUGAAGGACGAGAAAGACUUUGUUGCCUUCUGCGUGCAGAUGAUGGUAGAUUGUUGUAAUCAAUCCAAAGAAUUCAAUGAGAAAUUGAAAAUAACCGUUCUGGAGGUGCAAAAUGGAAUUCAGAUCCGAGUCCUCAUCCCAUUUAUUGAGAGCAUCCUUCAAAAACAGUCCAACCUGGAGACGUAUUUCAAAAGAAUGGCUGUGGAUGACAUGAACGAAGACUUUUACUCCGGAAAAGACUCUGAUAGUUGUCACUUUCUGGUGACUGGCCAUUAUCACUUUUUUGACGCCCUGUCAGUCCUCGAGCACAAACGCAAUGGUUUCCUUCUCGUGAGAAUACCCACCGAUGAACCGAUGUUCUUGUUCGUAGCACCGAAGUUGCAGAAAAUAGCAGAGAACUCCACAGGAAAGGAGAGAUUGAUCCUGUAUCGUUAUGUCAAUAGUGUUCUUAAUCCUCGGUUGCACUACAGUGUGGUAAAUGCAUGGAGCCAUCCCGAUUGGAUCAACGAAACCCAAGGGAAGUUGAACGAAGCUGCGGAGGAGAAAGCUCUGGUAUUCAUGGUCGUUUAUCGGCAGCCUGACUAUGGAAUCCAGCUUUUCAUCAAAGAAAUGGCAAAGUUGCAGUUUUCCCAUCUGCUCAGGUAUGUUUUUAUACUGGACAAAACUGCACCCCACUUCUCUUUCAGCAACAUCUUCUAUCGCAAAGAACUACUCAAAGAUCUGCCGGUCAACAUUUACUUCAACGGAAAGUGGAGUUUCCUCAAGAAGAGCACAAUCAAAGAUGCCAUCCAGCACUUCUACCCGGACGAAGAACCUCGCAUUCAUUUCUCUGCCUCGAUGUUCGAAGGUGUGGCUGUUCACUAUCUAGGAGUCAACGUCAAGAAUUUAUCGUUGGAUAGGAGUUGGAAGAAUCUGGAGCUUGGUGCCUUGGAGUGCUCUGGGUACACUCCGGAGGGCAAAGCCGUGAUGGGGUUGGUGAAGUUACCCGUUGUGCCGAGGAAAUUAGUCCCGGACCAGAGAUUGUCUUGGCAUGUUCCCUCCACUUGGACCAUGGAGGAUGCGGUAACAGUGCCGUUGGACUAUUCCUUGGCAUAUUUUGCCUUACUAUCGGUAGCCGAUCUCCUGCCAGAACACAAAGUGUUGAUCCAUGCUGGGCUCAGCACCAUUGGUCAAGCGAUGUUAUCAGUUGUCCAUAGUGAAGGAGCCGUGGCAUUCACCACUGUCCCGCAUGCAGCAGCCCACGCAGCACUAAGCAAAUUAUGUCCGUUUAUUCCAAAAGAAAAUAUUCUCGAUACUUCUGAUCCUCAUUGGGAGCUGAAGCUCAGGUUCAUGACAAAAGGGAGCGGUGUAAACAUAGUUGUGAACUGUCUGAGUGGAACUAAAACGUUUGCGUCAGUUCGAUGUCUAGCUGUACAUGGGAAAUUUUUACAAAUGAGUUCCACCGAUUCAUAUAAUAAAGAGCAACUUGGUAUGGGAUGUUUCCUGGCUGCUUUGCAGUUCUACAGCAUCAGUCCCAACAGACUGUUUGACAUUAAGGAAAGUGACAAGGACAAAAUUCAUUCCCUCGUCCAAAAAGGAAUCGAUACUGGGGUAGUUCGGCCAUUGAAACGGAAAGUAAUUCCUGGGCCGUGCUCUGGUGAAAAGGCAAUCGAAGCCUUGAUGAGCUCGAGUCAAGAAUAUGGUACGCACAAAGUAGUUUUGGCGCUCCAGAGCGAAAAAUCUGAAACGAAACAGCUACGCUGUAAGCAUUUGAAAGAGAAAUUUUACUUCGACCCAGAUAAAAUGCAUUUAAUUCUCGGUGGAAAAUCAGGCUCUUGGCUGGAACUUGCGGACUGGCUUGUAAGUAGAGGUGUGAGGAAGUUGACCAUUGCCGCAGACAAACAUGGAAUGUCAAGCUCAGUGGCGCGCAAGUUCAACCUCCUCUUGGUGCAAUAUCCAGGAACGGUAAUACAAAUGGCGUCCACAUUGAAAAUUUCCUCUGUUCCAGAAACAAUUCAGUUCCUGAAAGAUAUCACCAGCAUUGCUCCCUUAUCAACAGUAUUUUUCUUGAAACUCAACAACGCCAGUAAUAAAGUAAGGAAUCUGCACGAAGCCCUGGAGGCUCUCUCUAUGGAAACGCUUUUUGUUUCCUUACUCAGUGGUGGAGUUGAAGAGUGCUAUAUCAGGAAGCAGUAUAAGCAACCCUGUCUAUGCAUACUCCCAGAGAGCAAAAUGCCCGUAAAAACUAGUCGCGUGCUGGCAGUUUUAGAUGAACUGCUGCUUAAAACUUGCAUGAAAUCCAACGAACCUGCAAUUGUCACCCUCUCGGAACAUCAACUGAGUGGAGACCUAGAUGUUGAUAUUGCAUCUCUUCAUGUCUCGUGGCAUCUUCCAUCAUCAUUGAACGAUCUUGUUCAGUUCCGCAGCUGUCUUGCAGAAGAGCCGAAGUUCGAAGAGGUUCCCACGCGAAGUCUCAAAUUCAAAGACGCGAAAGGAACACUACCAUUUUUCAUAAUCCCCGGGCUGAAUUCAUCCUGCCUUGAAAAACUAUAUCGUAGGCUUGCACAUCCAACUUUCGUCGCAAAAUUGCCUCUCGUGAUGGACUCGAUCGAAAAUACAGCGGAGCAACUUGUUCGUAGCAUGAAACAGAUUCAAGACUCAAUAUCGUACACAAUUAUCGGGGAUUCUUGGGGAGGAGCUUUGACUCUUCAAAUCGUUCACUUGCUAGAAUUAGAGGGUAAAAGAGUGAUGACGUAUUUGUUAGAGGGUGCGCCUGAAACAGGGCAAAAUUGGGCACGGUCGUUAUUUACAGACGGAGCCAGUCCUCGGAAACUCAUGUCUCGGUAUUGGACCAUGUCGGAGGAGACAAAAAAAUUGCUCGCUGCGGAAUCAAAUUUAGAUGCUCAGUUGGACUACCUGCUGCAAAACGAGACGAAACAACGACAGCAGUGUUUGAAAGAAAGCUUCUCUGGGCUUCUCCAUCUAAUUCUUUGCUUACUGAAGUACAAGCCCCCAGCUGAGAAAAUCAAUAACAAAAUUAUGCUGUUCAAGUGCAAAGGAGCUUUAGAAAGUGAUAGCUGUGGUUUAGCGGAAAUCUCUGGUAGCCCGGUGUCGAUUCAUAUAAGUAACGAAUCGGAUUAUGAGAGCAUGGUUUCCUGCGAGUCCACAGUCAUCAUAAUCCAUGAGGAAGCAGGCUUUGAAUAUCCAGAUUCUGCCAAUCGGGAUGUUAGUAUCGGAAUCAACAAGGUCAUGGACACCAUUGAUCGCCAUUUUUCCUAAAGUGUCUCUUAAGCGUUAGCUUUUCAAUAUCUUUCCUUGUUUCUUUCAUGCGUUUGUUUUCAAGUGAGAAAAUCACGAAAAAGCGAACUGAACAAACUCAACAGGUCAGAUUGAUCGUGAUUAUUUUGAUACGUCCAGUUCUUGGCGUUGCUAUUUCAAUAAAUAUAAUCAAUUCAUUAAGUCAAUUUAUAAUCGGAAAAAUUCCUAGGUGAAAGUUUAAAAUUGAUCAAAAUCAAAUGAUUUUUGUCAUAUUUUGAAAAUUCAACCCAUUGUCUUGUCGAUUACUUUUUUGGAUUUUUUUUGGGGGGAUUUUUUUUCAUCUUAAUUGCAUUCCAUCUGUACCCUAGUUUAAUUGAUUUUUAAUCAUUGCUCAGCAAAUUUUAGUGUUUUUUUCAAAAAAUGUCUUUAAUUUUGCUAGAAUAAAUUUCCCUGAAAAGUGUGAUCCUUCUACAGAUUGCUGUCUCUACACUAAACAUGCUUUGACUAUUUUUCUUCAAUAUUGCACAUCAGAAAAAAAUUAUGAGGUUUAUUGUGAACGGGUUAAGUUCUCUAAACAAAAUUUCUUCAUCACUUACCUAAGUGUAUUACUUUCCUGAAAAAUAGUAUUUUUUUUUCAUUCUUGAGUGUGAGAAAAGCUUCAUCGAGAAAUGCAUUUUUUAUGUAUUCUUCUUACUUCUUGUCAUAAUGAUUUACGAAUCCUUACAUUUUUAGUGAAUAUUCUUUUCUGAAGUUUUUUUGAAUUCUCAAACAGAAAUUGGUUUAAUGUGAAUUUUUUAAAACAAUUCAUUUUUCAAAUUUCAUCCGGGUUAUUUAGAAAAGCCUAUCUGCAGAUUUAUUAAUUAUAAAAUGUGUACGUCUAUUCCAUUACUCAUCUUCUGUUGCAUUUCGUUCUUGUUACAGACAGUUAAUCAUUUUUAAUUUUUUUAAGUGCUGUGUUUAAUAUUUUUCCCCUAACUCAAUGAAAAUUUACUGUGAGGGCCAAGUCAGUUUUUCUUUCUUUUCUAAAAAAAAAGAAAAAAAGUAUGAAAUGUGGCAUUUUUGAUAGACUUUGAUAAAGAUAUUCUUCCAACUGGAUGGAAGUCUAAUGAUCUGUUUCUUGUCUGUCAGUAAUUUUGGAGCAGUGCCUUGAUCCACAUAAGCACCAGUUUACACUUGCAGUAACCACCAAAGUGCGAGUGAGCCUGUAUCACCGCAACGCAGCAUCUUUGCUGCACCAUAGCUAGAGAGCUCAGGAAUCAUUUAAAAUGGUAUUUUUUUACAAAUAUGACCAAUGAAAAAGUUCAGAAAUAAUUCAGUGAAAAUUAAUGUUCAAAUUUUGCGAAAUUUGUACCUAUAGUACUUAAGCACUACCAACAGGCACUCCUUUUAAAAAUUGAAAUCCUAGAAAGUGCGUUAUGUAAUUUAUGAAUAUGCAAUUCACAUUUUCGUGUAAUAUUAUCUUCAUGAAUUAAUAACUCAUUGCUACGCCAUCAAACACUCAUAAUAUAUUCUCGUUUAACCAAA